AUGAUGAAAAAAAAUUCAAAGGAUAUGAAAAACUCAUCACUGAAUUUGAGCUUGCUGAAUGGGGAAGCGAACGGAGCAGGAGACGCAGCGGAGGUGGACGAGGAUGAUCAUUUAGGGCUGGAAGCAAGUGUUGACAAAAAGCCAAAGAAAAAGCUGACCAAGUUAAUCAGCCUGGAUAAGGCGGCAGGGCUAGCCAAAUUUAAAAAGUUUACUCGGUUGAAGGCGUUUGGAAGGUCAGGGGGCGCUGCAUAUGAAGCGGCGUGCCAAGUCGAACGGGACACGCAACAGGGAGAGGCGAGACAAGAAUGCCAAGGAGAACCCACCGAUGAUUAUCCCCCAUAUGAGAAUUCGGGUAGCACCUACCAGAGCAAAAACAACAGAAAAACAAGUUCGAGAGGAACAGAAAUGAGUGACGGUAGUCCAAAAGUGAAGCGAAAAUUUUCCUCCCUCCUAGGAAUGAUAGGUAAGAAAAAAAGUACCAUAAAUUAUGAUGACCACAAAAAAGGGGAAGUAGAAAGUUCGAUCGGCUGCACCCCUUUCGGUGGGAGCGGAAUUUCUUUGAGCACGUUAGGCGAUGAUAUAACGUGUCCAAAUAGGGUGAGUGGCACGUUACCCCUUUUAAGCACAGAAAGUUCCCAAUCAGGGAGGAAGGAAUGCUUAUACAAGUGUGAAAGUCGCGGUGGAAGUUUGGAGGUGGUGCGAGGUGGGCCAGCGAAAAAGGAAAGGAGAGAAGCGCAAGAUGGGGAAAGCGCUAAAACGGCAGAACGGGCACAUUCCGAAGAGAGCCAAAAAUGCGAUGAAUGGGAAGAGGUGAAGGGGCUCGCCGCAAGGGGAGCAGACCAGGUCCACCGUUCCCAUCGCCCUUUCCAUGGCAAGAGGAACAACGCCCUAUGCCUAGAGAACAUAAAACAACUGCUGCAUCUGUGCGAUGAGGAAAUGAAGGACCUGGUGCAGAUCUCCAACUUUGAUAUAGACCUAGAUAUUAACUCCUUUUACUUUAACUUUGUAAAGGAAAAUAGCGAUAGCUCUAUAUCGACAUACAACAUAAAUCACAGUAAAAAUAUUUUCGACGUAAAGCAAUUCAUAGGAAAUUCAAAUGAAAAAAUAACAACGUAUAAGCAGAGUUAUUCUCUCAAUUGGAGAAAAUACGUGUGCAACAUUUCUGUUCAAGAGAGAUGCUAUUUUUGUUAUGAUAUAUUUGGGGAAUCUUCUUCGAUAUACACCUCUGCUUCAUCCCUGGGUAAUGCCUCCCUGUGGGAAAAUCGCUCCAGGGUAAAUGUACGUAUCGAAGGGAAUAGUGGAAGGGAAGAAAAAAACGAAAAAAUAGAAAGUGCCCAAUUGGAUGACGCAGGAGGAGGUCUAAAUGCGCACACCCAGAAGGAGAUAAAAAAAGAAAAUUACUUACUGACAAAUGAAUACAUCGAUAGCACCUUUGAUGAAAUAUAUUACAUUCAGAGGAUUAAUGCAGAUAACGAUUCGCUGUCCGUUUUUGGUAGAAUUUAUGAGAUAUAUAUUUUUUCGAAAAAAUGGAAUAGCAACGGCAGUGGUGGAAAGGGUAGUGGAAAGUGCACAAAUAAAGGGGGGGAUGCCCCUUCUGAUGAGUCCUCUCCAUGCCGCACGAACGUUUCUGUGUAUGUGCUCGUAGUUUUAAAAAAUGGCCUCCUUAAAUAUAUCAUACGGAAAAAAAUACUUAACCAAAUUAGCAAGCGCGUAGACAAAUGGAAAAAAGACAUCAUCAUAAAAGCUGAACAUAUUAAGGACGCCUCCAUACCAUUGUGCAUUCGAAUGAUUGAAAGAAAUGACGAUAUGAUUGAUUACGUCGCUAAAAAUGUAGCAUACUUUUUCGAUAAUUAUUUGCGAGAUUUCAUCCACCUCCUUGUUGUAUAUGUGAAUGACUUUUUUGGCUUAGGUGAAAAUAGGACUCUGGAAAAUUAUUUCGAACGCUCAAGUAAAAAAGUGUAUCAUUUUGUUCAGAAGAAGAAGGUUGGCCUGCGCAACAUGUAUAAUGGUAUUGUACAAAAAAAUGAGGAAAAAAAAACGAAAAAAAAAGCAAGACAAAGUAUCCAAGCUAACCAAAAGAAGCACACAUUUUUCACAUAUCUGUUUAAAAGGAAGAAACAACAUAAAACGGUUGACUCUCCUUGUAAGGAUAAAUAUUCAUUGUGGAUUUCCAUCUUCGAACCAGCCUUUUAUUACAUCACCUCAAAUAAAGUGGCGCACAAUUACAUCAUUUAUAUGAACCAUAUUUACCUUAGAAGACUACUUUUGUUGUAUCUUUUCGUUUUUGUAGUUUACUUGGUAGUAAGCCGUUGUCCAGUUGUUGCCAUGUAA